CAUAUAUUAUUCUAACCUAUUGUUGUAAGAUCGUUGACCCGGAUAACUAACGUCAACAAAGGGCGCCCUAUGGGUGGUAGAAAUUCUUUCAAUUAGCUUUCGUUCGUCCGCGUUGCCGCACUUUUACACGAGAGCACGAUGAAGAUUGUUACGUGCGUCGCUCCGGUGAACAUUGCCGUUAUAAAAUAUUGGGGCAAAAGCAACGACGAACUCAUAAUCCCGCUCAACGAUUCCAUUAGCGCCAGCUUGUCGACGGACGUCGUGAGAGCAGAUCCGACGGUUCAAGGUUCGUUUCUAUUGUCGUUAUUUUUAGAUGUGCGCCAAAACGACGAUAAUGGCGAGCCCGUUGUUGAACGAGAGCGCGUUUUGGCUCAACGGGGCGAAACAGGACAUGAACUCGCCACGGCUCGCGCGGUGCUUAAAAAAAGAGAACGCGCCGACCCGUCUUUGCCCGAGGCCUCCUGGAAUGUGGUCAUUUGUUCGGAAAACAAUUUCCCGACCGCCGCGGGCCUCGCGUCCUCUGCCGCGGGUUUUGCUUGUCUCGUCUAUGCUUUGGCAGUCCUUUACGGCGUCGAGGGCGAAAUUUCGGACGUCGCGAGGCAGGGAUCCGGUAGCGCUUGCAGGAGCAUGUACGGCGGAUGGGUGCGCUGGCAUUGCCAGGGCGAUUCGAUCGCCAGACAGUUAAAGGGGCCCGCGCACUGGCCCGAGAUGCGAGUUUUGAUCCUGGUCGUGAACGACGCCACCAAAAAACACAGCUCCACGUUGGGGAUGAAGAGGAGCGUGGACACGUCCAGCCUCAUCGGGUACAGGGCGGAAAAGGUCGUCCCGGACCGUAUUAGGGACAUGGAGGGGGCGAUUUUCGCCAAGGACUUCGAGACGUUCGCCGAACUGACGAUGAGGGAUUCGAACCAGUUCCACGCGAUCUGCUUGGACACGUACCCCCCCUGCGUGUACAUGAACGACACUUCCCACGCUAUAGUCGACCUGGUGCACCGUUACAACGAGUUUAGAGGCAGGAACGCGGCCUGCUACACGUUCGACGCGGGCCCCAACGCCUGCGUGUUCCUGCUCGAGCAGGAAGUCUCUAGUUUCGCCGGCGCAGUCGACUACGCGUUCCCGAGAGUCGGCGACGGUGCCGACUACUACAAAGGGCUCGGAUUCGAGCGAGUGCCAAUCGAAGGGGGCCUCGCAGAAACGUUGACGCCCGCGGAGCAAGGAAAAUUAAAGUACAUGAUACACACCGAGGUCGGGGAGGGCCCGAGGGUGCUGGAAAAUUCCGACGAUCAUCUGCUGACGGUCGACGGCCUACCGAAGGCUCUGGGACUGGUGCCCGCUUGAGCGGUUUUAUACGUUUUUUCAAUAAAUUUAUGGAAGGGGCUGCGAUUUUAUUAACUCAGACCCGUUCAGACUACUCCUUGC